AUGUGUCUGGAUGCAAUAAUAACAUGCCUAUCUAGUUGGAAAUUGUGGAUACGACCUUUGGCAAUUUUGUGUUAUGCCGUAGCAGCGCUUGUUUUUGUGCCGCUCUUUUUGGUGAAUUCAUUGAAAGAGGGCUUCACCAAAAGGGACCAGGAAAUUUUGGUGGCUGGUAUAUUUGUAUGGAUUGCCAUACCACUUUCAUUAUGGGAAAUUAUUUUACAUGUGAUCAAUUACACCAAGCCAAGAUUACAAAAACAUGUUAUAAGGGUAUUAUGGAUGGUUCCAAUUUAUGCCAUAAAUGCUUGGCUGGGUUUAAUUUACCCAAAACACUCAGUAUAUGUAGAUAGUUUAAGAGAAUGCUAUGAAGCUUAUGUGAUAUAUAAUUUUAUGAAAUACCUUCUCAAUUACCUAAACAUGGAAAUGGAUUUGGAGGCUAGUUUAGAAUUAAAACCACAGGUUAAACAUAUUUUUCCAUUAUGCUGUCUGCCGGAUUGGGAAAUGGGAAGGGAAUUCGUCCAUAUUUGCAAACAUGGUAUUUUGCAAUAUACUGUUGUAAGACCUUUAACAACAGCUAUAUCAUUUCUUUGCAAAACUUUAGAUGUAUAUGGAGAUGGACAAUUUAAAGGCACUGUGGCCUUUCCGUAUUUAUUAGCUGUAAAUAAUAUGUCACAAUUUGUGGCAAUGUAUUGUUUGGUUAUGUUUUACAAGGCCAAUAUUGCUGAACUGAGGCCUAUGAGGCCAUUACCCAAAUUUUUGUGCAUAAAGGCUGUAGUAUUCUUUUCUUUUUUCCAAGGCGUAAUGAUUGACUUAUUGGUUUAUUCUGGGGCUAUAUCAACAAGUGGUAAAACUGAUGAUGGAUUAGGUUUAUCAACUAGGUUGCAGGAUUUCUUAAUUUGCAUUGAGAUGUGUUUGGCAGCUAUAGCACAUCAUUAUAGUUUCUCAUAUGAACCAUAUGCUAGACCUGAUUAUAGGACACAAAAUUGUUGUGGGGCCUUUUUAGCCAUGUGGGAUAUAAGUGACGUCCAAAGAGAUAUCUCUGAACAUUUGGGGAUUGUUGGUAGUUCGAUAAGUCGUCGAUUUAGAGGCCGAAGCAUGUACACAAUACCGAGGGGUAAUGACGAAUAUGCCGGUUUGGUUUCACCGAGGACCACUAUAAGUGAGCCAGAUACAAUUUACCAAGACGAGUGUGACGAACUGAUUGUCAAUUAUGGGACUGUAGGCCCAAGGCAAUCAAACAAUAAAACGCAGAACCCCAGAAUUGAAGAAUAA